GUCUGAUAGUAAGCAUGUCAAAAGAUAUGAGUGCUGUUUAUGCGACAGACGAAUAUGGGCGACCUUUUAUCAUUGUAAGAGAACAACAAAGGAAAAGUAGACUUAGUGGUAUUGAUGCUAUAAAGUACCAUAUUUUAGCUGCAAAAACUGUUGCUUCUAUUAUCAAGACUUCUUUGGGUCCUAGAGGUCUUGACAAAAUUCUAAUAUCACCUGAUGGAGAUAUUACCGUUACUAAUGAUGGUGCAACAAUUUUGACUCAAAUGGAAGUUGAGCACCAGAUUGCAAAGUUAUUGGUUCAAUUAUCUAAAUCUCAAGACGAUGAAAUUGGGGAUGGAACAACCGGUGUUGUCGUUCUUGCGGGCGCACUUCUUGAACAAACUGAGACUCUCUUGGAACGGGGUAUUCAUCCUAUUCGUAUAGCAGAUGGAUUUGAGAGAGCGUGUAAAAUUGCUGUGGAGCAUUUGGAUAAAAUUUCUGAUCUAGUAGAAUUUACCAAAGACAAUACCGAAAGCUUACUUAAAACUGCAAAAACAAGUUUAGGAAGUAAAAUAGUUUCAAAAUAUCAUGGACAAUUUGCUAAAAUAGCAGUUGACGCAGUAUUAUCAGUAGCAGAUUUGGAGCGUAAAGAUGUUGAUUUUGAAUUGAUUAAAGUGGAUGGAAAAGUAGGAGGUUCAUUAGAAGACACUAAAUUGGUACAAGGAGUAGUAAUCGAUAAAGAUAUGUCACAUCCUCAAAUGCCACGUGAAGUACGUGAUGCUAAAAUUGCUAUUUUAACAUGCCCAUUUGAGCCUCCUAAACCAAAAACUAAACACAAAUUAGAUAUUACUUCUGUCGAAGAAUAUAAAAAAUUACAAAAUUAUGAAAAAGAAAAAUUUGAAGAAAUGAUUAAGCGUGUCAAAGAUACCGGUGCUAAUUUAGUUAUUUGUCAGUGGGGUUUUGAUGAUGAAGCUAAUCAUUUGUUGAUGCAAAAUGAGUUACCGGCUGUCCGUUGGGUUGGUGGUCCUGAGAUAGAGCUUAUUGCCAUUGCUACAAAUGGACGUAUUGUUCCUCGUUUUGAGGAUCUUAAGCCCGAGAAACUUGGUAAGGCCGGUCAUGUUCGUGAGAUUUCCUUCGGUACUACAAAGGAUCGUAUGCUUGUUAUUGAGGAAUGUUCAAAUUCUCGUGCCGUUACCGUAUUUGUUCGCGGUAGUAACAAAAUGAUAAUUGAUGAGGCUAAGAGAUCCAUUCAUGAUGCUUUGUGUGUUGUACGUAAUCUUGUUCGUGAUAAUCGUGUUGUAUAUGGAGGUGGUGCUGCUGAAAUCAGUUGUUCACUUGCCAUCUCUCAAGCUGCUGAUAAGAUAUCGUCCAUUGAACAACAUGCUGUUCGUGCAUUCGCUAAUGCUUUGGAUGCGACUCCUUUAGCACUUGCGGAAAAUUCUGGCCUCUCUCCAAUAGAGACAUUGGCUGAUAUUAAAUCGCGCCAAAUAAAUGAAAAUAAUAGUCAAUUAGGAAUUGAUUGUAUGGGAACUGGAUCUAAUGAUAUGAAAGUUCAAUUUGUUUAUGAUCCACUUAUUUCCAAAAGGCAACAAUUCUUGUUGGCGACUCAACUCGUAAAGAUGAUACUUAAGAUAGAUGAUGUCAUUACAACGGGAUCCGUCGGUUAAAUUUACAAGUAAACAUUUUUUUAUAACCAAUAACUUACAACGUUAACGUUGCCUGUAAAAUGAUGCAUAUUUUUUUAAUAUAUGUUGAAAAACUUAAAUUAGUACCAAAUGAAUUUAAUUUUAAUAAAUUAGACACAAAAUUGAGUAUGUAUUGCAACAUAAUUUCCAACGAAUAUAAAAUAUAUUUAUUGUUUCCAU